GUGUGCAACCAACCCACCCGGCUCCGCUCUCCCCUCCUCCUCCCGUCCCGGCGCCCCGUCCCCGCACGCGCCACCGCCGGCUCCCGAAUCCAUCCAUCCGUCGACCCGCCCGGCGCCCCGUCCGAAUGGAGACGGCAGAGGCAGGAGGGGGCAUCGUCGCCGCCAGGAGCAGCCCGGCCGCCGUGCAGGCCACCAACGACGACGCCGCGGCAAGCAAGCUGUCCUGUGUUAAUAAAGGAUACAUGAAGGAUGAUUACGUGCACCAUUUUGUCAGGCGAACAACAAAAAGGGCUCCAAUAAUCAACCGCGGCUACUAUGCGCGCUGGUCGGUUCUUAGGAAGCUCAUGCGCCAGUUCCUUGAUGCUGGGAAUGGCAGUACUGAUCAAAAGCGGAAACAAAUAUUAUCUCUUGGUGCUGGCUUUGACACGACAUUUUUCCAGUUGCAAGAUGAAGGUCUUGCCCCAUACCUUUAUGUAGAGCUGGACUUUAAGGAGGUAACUAGCAAAAAGGCUGCCAUCAUCAACCACUAUAACGAAAUGAAGCAAAAAUUAGGACCUGAAGCUUCUAUUUCAAUUGAAAAGGGUGAAGUGACGAGUGCGCAUUACAAGCUAUUUUCUGCUGAUAUUCGUGAUAUACCAAAACUAGAUUCGGUUAUUCGCAUGGCUGAAAUGGACCCUAGCUUGCCGACCUUUAUAAUUGCAGAGUGUGUGCUGAUUUACUUAGAUCCAACUGCAACUGAUACUAUUGUUAGUUGGGCAUCUGAAAAGUUCUCCACUGCCAUUUUUUUCUUAUACGAGCAGAUUCAUCCAGAUGAUGCAUUCGGGGAGCAAAUGAUUAGGAAUCUUGAGAGUAGAGGAUGCCCCCUCCUCGGCAUAAAUGCUACACCAACCUUAAGUCACAAGGAAAAACUUUUUCUUGAUCAUGGAUGGAAGAGAGCUGUUGCACGGGACAUGCUGAAAAUAUAUAAUGAUUUCAUUGACAGUGGCGAAAGGCGCAGGAUUGAGCGGCUUGAGUUGUUUGAUGAGUUUGAAGAGUGGCAUAUGAUGCAGGAGCACUAUUGUGUUGCAUAUGGAAUAAACGAUGCCGAGGGUAUAUUUGAUGAUUUUGGGUUCACAAAGGAGUAGCAUUCGUCGUGCUCCUGGAUGCAGCAGAAUCAUAUGUAACCGAGACGAUUUAACUUAGAAAUGCCACAAAUAUCUUUGCAGAAUACGAGAAAUAUGUGCUUCAAGUGUGGGAUCCUUUCCAGGAAUAAUUGCUGUAACCUUGUACUGUUGUACAUAUAUUGUUUGCGAGCAGGUUGGUUGAAUUCGAUGUUGUGGGGGUCACAACAUCGAAUUCAAUCAGCUGUUUCUCUUGAUGUCUGGUUUGAUAGAACGAUUCAAUCAGCUGCAUUCCAUGUUUUGCCUUAUAA